AUGGAUGAUGAAUUAUCCAAUCAAAGCGAAGCUAUCAGUAAUAGCAUAAUUAUAACGGAAAAUGAUCUGAGGGAACCAAGAGGUAUCCUAAACGUAAAAAGCAACUCAGGUAAGGAAAAAAUUGACUAUCUUGAAAUAGAAAGAGAUCAUUGGAAAGAACUAGCUGAAAUCGAACGAACUGCAGGACGUGAACAGAAGGCUCUCCUCUACGAAGCAAUGGCAGACAUGGCAGAGCUAAAAGCGGACGAAAUAAGGUUAAGAUCAAACGAACGACCUACGGGAUCAAAAGCCAUGUCCAUCGUGCAAGAAGAGGUAGAAAUAAACGAUCUUACAAGGUUCGAAAGAUUUAAAAAGUGGGCAAAAGAAAACAUCUCUGGAAUAUCAGUCGUAUACGCAAUAUCCGUAGCGGGUAUCAUCACCACUAUUAUUAUGGGAGCUAGAAGCGUAGCAAAAAAGGGAGCAAAAGCAACAAGCAAAUUCGCAAAAGCAAUGGCAAAUCUAGCCGGGAAGGUUGGACCCGUAUUAGCAUCCGUACUAAACCUCAUCGCCAAAGUUUUGUCAUGGGGAGCAAAGGGCGUUGCGUUCCUGGCGAACAAUCUUUGGAUUUUAGCCCUAGCACUAACCUACUUCUUGUACAACGAAUACGGAAAAAGAAAAAGAAAAUCACAACGAUCAUCAAAGACAUGA